UUUUCACGCCGAGAUGAAACUGUUUUUUCUAUAACAAGUGAUUUAUCAUUACCAUUAUUUUUCAUUUCUAUUUGUGAGUCUUGUUUGUCAAGAAGUGUAUCACAACAUUCUUUCUUGUGCAAACUUGUUAUGUUUAAAAAUUAUUUAUUUGACAAAGAUAACCAGUGGAAGAAUAUUUUUAUCUUAACAAAAAUAUUUUAGUAAUAAUUGCUAAAAAAAACUUAGCGUCAAACAGUUUUAAAUUAGUCAAUUCAACAAAGUGUUUUAUGUGUGGUAGGAAUAGAGAGACAUCGAAAAGUGCAUGCUUCAGUGAGUCGCCGUAGUGUCGUAAUAUUUUGUUGAUUAACAUUCAUUACUAAACAAUUUUCUUUUUUUUUUAAUUUUUAAAUAAAAAUUCCUACUUUCAACCGUAUAAUAGAAAUUUUUUUUCAAUGACUUAUAAAUCGAAAGAAAAGUAAGAAUAAUAUUAUUCCGGUAUACUAUUAAGUAAUUAUAUUUAAAAAAAUUAUUCAUUUCAAGUAGCUAUUUAUAGAAAGUAAAGUUCAUGAUUCAACAACAAGUUUUGCACGAGUCGGAUUAUUGGGUACCUGGGCGAGGAAAUCUUUUGCGACAACGUUAUGAAAUAGCCAUUCUUGUAGCAACUGCCUUGUAUGCCCCUUUACUUUUUGCAGUCCAACACUUUAUGAAAAAUCGAAAACCGUUUCAGCUAAAAGGGCUGUAUUUUACAUGGAAUGUGAUGCUCUCUUGCCUUUCUGGUUUAGGUGUUUCUAUUUUUAUCAUCUAUGAUCCUUUAUGCUUAACAAUAAUGAACUUAUCUGAAGCUGAAACUCAUCCAUAUGUACGAGCUUGCAUAAGCAUUUUUUCACUAACUAAAGCCAUUGAAUUCGGUGAUAGUUUUUUAUUGGUUUUAAAAAAAAAACCACUACGCUUUCUUCAUGUGUAUCAUCAUUUAACAGUCACAUUAUAUUGCUGGCAUGCUUUGAAAGUUUCCGCGUCGUUUGGUCAUCUUUUUGCUUUCAUCAAUCUAACCAUUCACAGUUUCAUGUAUCUUUAUUUUGCCAUCGCUACUUUGUAUCCUCGACAUCGUUUUUUAGUGACCGUAAGUUCUUAUAUUACCGUCUGUCAAACAACACAAAUGUUUGUGGGGAUGUACCUAUCAUUUCGUGUUUUGUUCCGAGCUUCUAAAGGUUCCAUGGUACCAGCAACAUUAGAACAAGAAAAUGCCUUAUUUGCACUUUUACUUUAUACUUCCUACGCCUAUUUAUUUAUAUUAUUUUAUGUGGAACGUUAUAUAAAAAAUGCUCGUCCUGUCAUGGUUUUCGUGGUCAUUACGCUUCAUUUAGGAGGUAUAGCCGGUGCAAUCUUUGCUUGGAAUCAUCCGAAUCGUUGCCGAAUUUUCGCCGAAAUUGUAUUCGGUUAUUCUCUUACCGCAGUUUCUGUGCAUUUAUGUUGUCAUUCUUUUCCUCGUAUGAUUCAAUCACCUAAUUUUCUGUCACUUUUAGUACGAUCUGAAAUGCCUAAAAAUUUUAAAGAAAUAAAGGAAUCUUUAAAAGAAAACAAUAUUCGUACAAUAAGCAAGCAAGUGGUGUCAACAGAAUCUCAAGUGCAAUCUUGUUCUACCAGUGAUACUCAAUUCAGUAGUAUGUCAAAUCAGUUAACCUACAGUAGAGAACAAGAGAAAGAAAAGAAGCAAGUGUGUCAAGAUCUUUGUUACGAGGAUAAGCGUGUUUACGAUAAGUCAAUAUCAACUACCAUUUCAUCAACGUGUAGCGGUAUUAAACAAAGAGGCCCUGUACGACAAACGUUAGUAUUAUUUAAUGCAUGGGUUCUGGCAGCAUUAGAAAAGUACCAAGAGAAAAUGCCGACCGAUUAUUCUGAUGUGUACAAGACAAAAUCACAUACAUCGUUACCACAGCGUUCUGGGCUUUUGAAAUACUCUGCAAUAUCAUGGCUUCAAUUAAAAACUCAGGACAUCCUUCCAAUUACAGAUAAUCCUUUUAUUUUCUUUACAGCAUCUCUUUUAAUACCCGCCAUGUAUGGAUUUCUAGCCCAUGGUAAUGUUCUUCUAGGCCUGCUUGUUCAUGGUUGUCUUCGUUGGGUUAUUGAGUUAUACACAACGGGUGUUCUCGUCUGUAGCUGAUCAAGUCAAAUGCAAGUAGUUUUCCCUUUAUGAAUUCAUUUAAAAAUAAAACAUGGUUUAAAAAAGAAUUUUGUUUUUAGUUUCACUAUUUCUUAACUUUAAAGAGAUUUUCUUGUAAUAACUUUAUAUAAUAUCUUUAGAUUUGUUUCUUUUACCGACCAAAAAUAUAUCAUUUAAAUUAUCGGCUUCUCAUUCCAAGCAACGGGUUUUGUUUUAUGCAAAGUAUAAAGUGAUCUUUUUAAUACAAAUGUGUCUUUUUUUUUUUAAAUGUGUUUUUUUUUAUUGAAAUUGAUUAUUGAAGUGAGAGAAAUAAUGAAAAAAAAAAAACUAAAUACACUUAAUUAUUUUA